UGUGUGUAUGCACGACGUUGUCUUUAACGGUAGCACACACACACUAGACUAAAGAUAUCUUUCGUCUGAUUGGCUGUCUCUCUACAGAGGGAGCCGCUAGUCUUCUGCCCACCCACUGUUUAUAGCUCUCCUCUGUCAGAAACUCAGAACUUCCUUCCUUCCAGUAAGAGUAGUCUAUUCAUCCAGAGCAACAGGACUCACCAUGGCAGCUAAUGAUUACCGAGGCUACCUGAGGAACCACGCCGACAUGGAGGGCGCUCAGUCCCGCUACCACCCGUCCCAUGGCUCGGAACCCAAAUAUAGACCGUUUAUAUUCGUGACUCUGGCUGUUAUGGGAUUGCUGCAGAUUGCAUCGAGUGUGGCGAUCUUGUUACACUUGACAGGUUAUCUCCAAGAGGUCGAUCUCUCCUCUGCAACGCAGCAGCCAAUGGAGGAAGUGCAGAUGGAACCCAUCAUGUUCGACGCCCUGAAGGACCCGAGGAAAGGCAGACAACGCUGCAAGAACCAGGGGAGGGAGGGGCUUCCAUCAGCUCAUCUACCAAUCAGAGCAACUAUAGACUAUGUGAAGAAAGGGGAGCUGAGAGCAGCUAUGAUCCAUUGGGAUGAGGCGCAGGGCCACCUGAAGAAGAUGCGUUACCAUGACGGCCGUCUUCUGGUGGAUGAGCCAGGCUUGUACUCCGUCUACGCCAAGACCUGUUUCCGCUACUACGACCUGGGACCUGACACAGAGCCUGGCGAUGCUACGCCCCAGGCCGUGGACGUGAACAACGCCCAGCUCAUCCAGUACAUCUCCCACGAGAAACACACGUCCCUGCCCAGCAAGUCUGUGGUGCUGAUGAAGACAGGCAGCACCAUGCGCUGGAAUAACUCCCAGUAUAACAUGUACUGUGCCCAGCAGGGCAGGGGGGUGAUGCUACAGCAAGGGGAUGGACUGUUUGUUAAUGUGUCCAAUGCCUGGAUGCUGGAUCCUGAACCAGAGGGGACGUACUUUGGGGCGAUCAAGAUAGGGAACUGAAACCGCGUACAGAGGAGGAGGAGGAUGUGCUACUGAAUGUUCUAUAGACGUAACUGCCAAAGAACCACUGAGAGAGAGACAGAGCACUUGUUGUAUGUAACAUUACUGAAUUUGUAUUUGAUUUGUUUGAGUUUUUUAUUGAAAGGAAUGGGCUAUGUUGCUCUUCACCAGAUAGAGAAUUAGGAUAUGCAGUCAUUUAAGUGAGGUGAUAUGGAUACCUCCGUUCACUCACUAGGCCUCAACAAAACCCAUAUGCCGUUCACACAGACUUAACCUGUUCCUUAUGGUUCAAAACUGCACAGGAUGCCUUUUAGUUCAACAUUUUAUAAAGUUGAUAGUUAUCAACCAUUUUAUAUUGUUGAUAUUUCCCAUUCCAGGGAGCACUUUUGAAAAAUGUUGUUACGAUGUGUUUUUAAAGUAUAGCAGUGUGGAUCCUAUCUUCUGUUUAUCAGCCGACACAAAGUCAUUCCUCAUCGUUAGUCUGGCCCCUCAUAGUUUACAAAACAUUGUCAUCGUCCUGAACAGAAGCACAGCUGGGGUAUUUUGUUUAUAACUGAGGAGAGUUUCCACCAGUGAACACUUUGGUACAUUCUUAGAAAAAAGGGUUCCAAAAGGGUUCUUCGUCUGUCCCCAUAGGAGACCACUUUCUGGUUCCAGGUAAGGGUUCUACAUGGAACUCAAAAGGG